GUGCGUGUCUGUUUUUCUUGGUAGGCUUGAGUGGGUGAAGUGGCCGCCAUUUUGUGUGUGAGGUCGGAUCAGCGGAAGGGAAGCGGCAGCUGCGACAGGAGAAGAGCGUGGAUCGGGUUAGGCUGCGCCUUUAGAGCUGGGACUUCUACACUUGAAGCCUGUGUGCCAAGAAUCCGAUGUUGGGCUUGGCUUCAUGGUUGAAAACAGCAGAUCAGCCCAUGAAAACUACCAUUCCUAGCCAAGGGAAGGGAUCCAACAGGAGUCAGCAUCUAUUCUUUCAGGUUUGGCAGCAGGAAAGAGGGCAGGAGGUGGAGACUGUAGAAUCUGAAAAAGGAACUGAAAGGUGACAUUUAAGUUGAAGAUGGGAGGUGGAGAAAGGUUCAACAUUCCAUCUACCCAGCCCAGAAAUGCUACCAAGAACCACCAACAACUGAACAAUAGAAAAAAGAGCAAAGAUCAGAAUUCCCAGAUGAAGAAAAUCCACAAGAAGGAGAGGGGACAUGGGUGUAGCCCAUCAUCUGUAGCAUGGCAGGCCAUGCAGAACGGGGGGAAGAACACAGGACAUUUCCCAACUAACCAGGCUUGGAAUCCAACUUUAUCACAUUCACUCUUCAUGCCUCAAACCAAUCAAAACUAUGCUGGAGCAAAAUUCAGUGAGCCGCCGUCCCCAAGUGUUCUUCCUAAGCCACCAAGUCACUGGGUAACUGUUUCACUUAACCCCAUUGAUAAAGAAAUCAUGACUUUUCAACUUAAAACUUUGCUUAAAGUCCAAGCAUGAGCAACAGUGUUAUACUGGAAGAAAAUUACACACACAGAUUUAAAUUCCGUAGUACAGGUCCAUGUUUGAUUUCAAAAUGAAAACAAAGACUCACCUUAGGAAUUUGGUUUACUGUGUAUUAAAGGUGGUUGAAUUCUCCCCGAGUUGGAGAAAUGUCCCCACCCUCUGGAAAUAUUUUAUUUAACAGUUACUGGGUUAUGUGUGCUGUAUCAACUGUGUGCUGAUGCAGUUGAUGCUGUAAGCAGCCUGAACUAAUCCCACAGUGCAAACAGUUGAACCAUUUAGUUGCAGUUGCUUUUAUUUUUAAAUCUGCUUAAUAGAGUAGGCCUUUUUCAAGGGAAUUGAAAUUAAUGUUCAAUGACCAAAUUUGCAACAGUUGCAAAACAAAAUUCUCCUGCAUACUGUGAAAUACUAUACGCAUUGAAGUCAUUAGUAAUUUGUUUUUCGGCUAGAGCCCAAUCUAAAAAAACCAACCCACCUAACAUUGUUUAAGAAAUCCACUUCAAAUAGGGUUUUAGUUUAUUGAACUAUCUGACACAACCAUAAUUUGAACUGGUGAUUUGGGCCAGGCAUUCAUCUGUCCAAAGCCCUGUGACCAAAAUGUAAACACUUGCAUUAGGAAAUUUCAAUCUGUACAGCACUUGUUUAAGAGGAAUGGAAACAUAGUAUGCAAUUGCUAGCCAACCUUUUACACAAGUCUACAAAUGUAUUCUGUUGAACAAGGCAGACUCUUAAGUCACUACCCUGUGGCUGUUGUCUGGAUGGCUACAGGAUGGAAGUCCCAGCUCUGACUUCAGAGUUCUGAAGUCAGAGCUGUGAUUUCAAAUUCAGAGUGUCUUUUGCCCUGCAGCCAGUGCUGCUCUUUCUGUCCUGGCUGUAGCUUCAAGGUGACAAGAUCAACCCUAGAACUGGCAUUGGAUGGAUGCUCGGGGGAAAGGAGGGAACAAGGCACUUUUGGAGAAAUCCCUCUGGCUUCUUUUUGUGAAACAGUAUAAAACAUUUAGAGGGCUAAGCGAAUCAGUGUGGGAAGAGCACCGAGGCAAUCCUAGCCAUUCUGCUCCUUCAGUUCUCCAUUGGGUGCCUGUAAUCCUUCAAGUUUGGACAGUUGGAGGAAGUUGUGUUUGGAUGGUACCUUAACUGUACCAACUGAAACUUUCCAUUGUCAGGUGACUGCCAAAAGCCUGAGUAUUUCCCUUCAUGGAGAAUUGCAGUGAGCUGUUUUUUAAACACAUUCUGUAAGUUUUGUAUCACUUUCUGAAAUAGUAUUGUUGAGGUGAGUCUGAAAUCAAGACAACCUGUAAUAUGAAUUUGUUUAAAUAAACUUCAAGUGUGAAACAUCUCUAAUGGAGGGAAGAAAGAGCCAUGUAAAUAAAUGUAAAACUUGUAGCAUAUGUAAAUUUAUGCUGGGCUUUCUUGCCAAAAUAAAGUAUUUUUAGUACAAAACUGCUGAAUGUAAAAGGACCAUGCUAAGUACAUGGCAUUUUUUAAAAAAAAAUAAUUUUGUUAAAAAAAAAAGGCUUAAAAGCACAUGUCUGUGCCAUUGCACUUGAGUAUCUGUGAGGGUAUGUGCCCAUGUUUGGCUUAGGUGACAAGCAAACUUGGUACAAUAAGUAGCACUGCUUUUUUAAGGUAAAACAACAAAAGAUUUUUUUUUUUAAAGUUAGGCGUGUAAUCCAGUUCCUAUUAAAUGCAGGAACAAUACUCUUACUAACUCAGUGGAACUGAAUUGUAUCCUCAGGAUGCAGUCCUAAAAACACUUGAAAGCAGGUAACUGAUUACAGUAGUAUAUUAAAGUGUGUUUGUGAUCGGGCUGCAUUCUAGCACACUGUUAUGCAUCCAGUCCUUGAUAGAAGAGCCUGAAGCACCUGACUGCACUUGAUUUCAUCUAGUAAGGUUGCUUUCAUUUUGGAUGAAUUAAAGACAAAGCAUAAUUAGAAAGUUGAAUAUCUAAAUGGUGGUAAGAGUUGCAAAACCCCCAUGUUGUAUAUGUGAAGGUCUAUUCUUGUGAUUCCUGUUGGAUAUUGAUUUGCUUUCAAACUAUACAUUUAAAUUGGCACGUUUCUUGGUAAUUUGUAUGAGGACACUUAAGUGAGACUGGCUUUUUCUGGCAUACCUUUGAAAACCAAUUUUCAAUCUGGUCUUCCUUCUGAAUUCUAGGGAGCAUCAUAUUUGGCGAAAUUUCAGGUGUUCUCUUUCAUGUCUGAUGUGGUAAUAAUUCACUAAGGGUGAAGUCCUAUGGCUGGUAGACUUUGUUGUGGCCUCAGAAAAGCCCUCCAUGGGGGUAAUUCCAGGGGAGGGGGAAAAAGGCAUCUGUUUUCCAUGAAAAGUCAAGGCAGAACAAAGCAUUUAGGUGGCCAAAAUCUUCUGAACGCAUAUUUUGGAGAGGGGAGGUAAUUUUAACCUCCAUACUUGAUUGGAUGCCUGUAAAUUGAGUUCAGAGGGUUACAGAGAGCUGCACAGAAUGAGGAUGACCCUAAGGAAAUUAAAAUUACUUCCAUAAAGAUUUAGUUGUGAUGAUAAAGAUAAUAUCCAACAGUAGUCUGUAGUAAUGAAGAUGUGUACACGUUCUAUGACUUUCAAAAGCAACUUUCUGUAAAAGUCUCAGGGGUGAUUGGCUAUGCAUCAUUGCACAUUUGAGCUACUUAGACAUUCAAAAUGUUUUCGGAACCAUCAAGAUAAUAUAUGUCCAAAUAAAACAAUUGGACAUUUUGCUUAAAAUUAAAUCUCUUGUACCCUAAGUUUAUCCUUGAUAUUUUAAAAUCAUUAUGUCCCAAAUGCAAUUUUGAUGUUCUAAAUUCCAUGUUUAGCAUAUUGCUUGGAUUUGAAUUGGAAACAAAAUCUAAAUAAAAACCCCAUACCUUUUCUCCCCCA